AUGGGGAAUAAUGCUGCUGACCAACACUGGCUGAGCAACAAAAUUGAAAAAAGGCUAGCUAUCCAUCUUCAGAUGACUAGGAAGGAGGCUAGUGAUUUUCUGAAAGAUGAGUAUGGGAUACAUCCUCAUGAUAAGAUGGUUUACAGGGCAUUAAAGGAGGCAAGAGACAGAAUUGUCGGAAGCGAGAGGUACUUUGGUGGACAGUUACUUUCAACGAUUGCCCAAGAUUCCAAUAAUCAUUUCUAUACCAUUUCUUAUGCUGUUGUCGGAUCAGAAACAAAGGAGUCAUGGAAAUGGUUUUUAACUCUCUUACAAGAAGAUCUUGGGAAUACAAGUGUGCACGGAUGGAACUUUAUGUCAGAUCAACAAAAGGGUCUUCUUGAAGCAAUGAAAGAGGUGAUGCCCAACGCACCACAUCGUAAUUGUGUGAUGCAUAUGUGGAAAAACUUCAUCAACCGAUUUAAGGAUCUGCAAGUCAGAGAUGUGGUUUGGGAGUGUGCAAGUUGUUCAACCCCUCCUGAGUUUGUUGAGACUAUGGAAAAGCUUAAGAAGAUUAAUGAAGAGGCAUGGGAGUAUCUUACAAGAUUUGAUCCUCGGGUGUGGGUGAAGGCUUACCUUAACCAUGGCCCCAAGGUUGAUUCUUUGACAAAUAAUAUGUGUGAAUCCUGGAAUGCCAAAAUAGGAAAGUACAUAACGAAACCCAUUCUUACAAUGUGUGAAGAGUUGCGCUGUUAUGUCAUGAGGAGAAUGACGAAGCAUAUCACUCUACUAUCAGCAUAUCCUGGAAAGCUUGCUCCCGUACAGCAGAAAAGACUUGGCCGAUUGAUUAGGCCCAGCAACAGAUGGAAUGCAGAAUGGACAGGUGACAACGAGAGGAAGAGGUUUGAAGUGAGUCGAAAAACAUCAAGAGUUGAUGUUGAUUUGAUGAAGCAUACUUGUUCAUGCAAUAUGUGGCAACUAACAGGAAUGCCUUGUGUUCAUGCGAUUGCUGCUAUUAGGAAGAAGCAUGACAAGCCAGAAGAUUAUGUGCACAAACGGCUUUGCAUGGAGUCCAUCCAUCUGACUUAUGCACACUCAAUCCAACCAGUUCCCAGUGAAGAAUAUUGGCAUAGAACAGGUUAUAUCAAGCCAAAUCCUCCACCCAUCAAGAGGCCGAUUGGUAGGCCAAAGGUGCAUAAAAGAAAGAAGGAUCCAAUAGAGGAUUUGAUCAAAGGGGACAAGGUAAGAAAAACGUUUCGCAUAACAUGUAGCAAGUGCGGCGAGAAGGGUCACAACUACAAGACGUGCAAGGGAGCACCAUCUAAUCCUAACUGGAAGCCUAAAAUCAGGAAACCAAAGCACCAGAACUCAAGUAGUCAGACACUAGUGGAACUUCCAUUAUCCCAAUCUGCUCCAGAGCCUGAGGCUGGCCAAAAUACACAAUAG